AUGCCAAUGAAACUAAUCACGAGUACUCUUGUUGCCUUUCUUUCCCUUGAGUUACUUUCCAUAGUAACCAUCCACGUUAGCUUCUGCCAUGGAAGCUCUAACCAUCUUGGUUGUGUCGAAAGUGAGAGAGAAGCACUUUUAAGGUUCAAGCAAGAUCUCAUUGAUCCUUCAAAUCGACUUGCCUCUUGGAGUACUGUGAAUGCAGAUUGUUGUACGUGGUCUGGUGUUGUCUGUGACAACAGGACAGGCCAUGUCCUAGAGCUCAACCUCAGAAAUUAUGCUUGGCUUGCAAUGUCACGUUCUAAAAUUCUUGUUGCCGAACGUGAAGCUCCUGCUAAGUCAAUGUUGAAAGGUAAGCUUAAUCCCUCUUUGCUUAAUUUAAAACACUUGAUGUAUUUGGACUUAAGCUGCAAUGAUUUCGAAGGAGUUCAGAUUCCUGAAUUUUUUGGUCAAAUGAGAAAUUUAAGAUACCUGAAUCUUUCCCGUGGAGGAUUCCAAGGAAGGAUUCCACAUCAACUGGGGAACCUCACCAAUCUGGAAUAUCUCGAUCUCCGUUUCCCUAGCUUUUCGAUCACUGACACUGGUAAUUUAGAUGAGCUUACCUAUGGGUUAGCGUAUGUUGAGAAUUUGCAAUGGUUGUCAGGUCUUUCUACGUUGAAAUAUCUUGACCUGGCUUAUGUGGAUCUCAGCAAAGCCUCUGAUUGGUUGCACGUGGUAAACACAAUCUCUUCCUUAAAUGUGUUGAAUUUGAUAGAUUGUGGACUCUAUCACUUCCCUUCACAACCCAUUACAAAUCUUUCUUCUCUUGCCAUCCUUCAUUUAAGUGAAAAUUAUUUUGAAGGUCCAAUUCCUGAUGCACUUCAAAAUUUGACUGCCCUUAGACAUCUUUAUUUAUCUUUUAACUUUUUCAGUUCUUCCCUACCUGAUUGGUGGUACAAACUUCACCUGCUCGAGAAACUUUAUCUUCCAUUCAAUAGCCUGCAAGGUAGUUUAGGUCCUCUAGGAAACUUGACUUCCAUCAAAGAACUGUAUCUUCAUUACAACAGAUUUGAAGGUGGAAUCCCAGUAUCAUUUAAAAGACUCUGCAACUUAAGGAGCUUCUAUAUCCCUGAGGUUGAAUUGAAUCAAGAGAUAUCCACAGUCCUGAAUAUUUUCUCUGGUUGUGUUUCAGAUGUACUUGAGGAUUUGGAAAUGACUAGGUGCAAACUUUUUGGUCAUUUAACCAAUCAAAUUGGAUUGUUUAAAAGCUUAAAAAAUCUUUUGUUAAGUUAUAACUCAAUUUCUGGUCCUGUUCCAUCAGCUUUAGGAAAACUUGGGUGUUUGCAAAGCCUUGAUUUUUCUUACAACAUGUUCACCGGAACAGUUUCCGAUAUCCAUUUUGCCAAUCUCACAAGAUUGUUGCGAUUUGGUGCAUCUGGAAACUCUCCAAUCUUGAAAUUCAGUCCUCAUUGGGUUUCUCCUCUUAAACUUCAAAAUUUAACUUUGAGUUCUUGUCAUUUAGGAUCUCAAUUUCCAUCAUGGAUUCGGUCAUUAAAACAUCUGUCUUAUCUAGAUAUAUCCAACUCAAGUAUUUUUGAUAGUUUUCCAACAUAUUUAUUUACAUAUCCUUCCAGUAUUGUCUAUUUGGAUCUCUCACACAAUGGUAUCUACGGUCUAAUUCCAAAUUUGAUUGAAUUAGAUAAGCUUGAGUUUCUAGACUUGAGUUCUAACAAUUUAUCAGGUCCUUUGCCUCUUAUUCCUCUUAAUUUGUAUAUGCUCGAUCUAUCCAAAAAUUCUUUCUCAGGGUCAAUUUUUCAUUUCUUAUGUCAUGAGAUAAAUGCUUCAAAGUCUUUGAUCCAAAUUCUCAUCCUUAAGAAAAACCUCUUCUAUGGGAAUUUACCUGAUUGUUGGGCGAACUUCCCAUACUUAACAAUUUUAAAUUUAAAUGAAAAUAAUUUUAGUGGAAACAUUCCAAUCUCUUUUGGAUCUUUAAGUUCCCUUCAGUAUCUACAUCUCCGCAAAAACAACUUCUUUGGAAAUAUACCUAUGUCACUCAGAAAUUGUACAGAGUUACUGACACUUGAUCUUGGUGAAAAUUCCUUUGUUGGGAAUGUUCCAACUUGGUUAGGAGUAAGUUUUCCUCAAAUGGUAAUUCUCAAUCUUCGAUCAAACAAGUUUCAAGGACGUUUACCAAGAGAACUUUGUCAUUUUGCUUUGCUACAAAUCUUAGACAUUGCUGAUAACAAUUUUCAUGGAACUGUGCCGAGAUGUAUCAAUAACUUUAGCGCCAUCACAAACCUUUGGGAAGAAAGCUCAAAUCUACGAUAUGGUGAAACCAAUGAAUUCUUUCAAGGUUAUAUUGAAGAUGCGUUGCUUGUGAAUAAAGGUCAAAUGGUUCAAUAUAACACAAUUCUCCAAUGGGUGAGAAUAAUGGAUCUCUCGAAAAAUAAUUUCUCUGGAGAGAUACCUGUGGAAGUGACAGAUCUUGUUGCACUACAAGUAUUGAAUCUAUCACACAACCAUUUUACAGGUACAAUUCCUAAGAAUAUUGGUGUUAUGAGAUCAUUGGAGUGCAUUGAUUUGUCUGGUAAUCAACUUUUCGGUGAAAUCCCACAAAGCAUUUCAAAUCUAACAUUUUUGAGUUAUUUGAACUUUUCCAAUAACAAGUUAAUUGGAAAGAUUCCUUUAAGCACUCAGAUACAAGGGUUUGACGCUUCUUGUUUCACCGGUAAUAAUCUUUGUGGACCUCCCCUUUCCAAGAAUUGUGGUGUGAUUGUCACACCAUCACACUACAAUGAGGGAAAUAAUGGCAAUGAACAUGAAGUGGACUGGUUCUAUGUGAGCAUGGCACUUGGAUUUAUGGUGGGUUUCUGGGCCAUAAUAAGUCCAUUACUUGCCAGCAGUAGAUGGAGAUUUUUGUAUUAUAAUUUCUUAGAUAGUCUUUGGAUCAGAUUUGGCAUUCUUGUAAGAAAAAUUUGUGGUUUAUUUUCCUUUUGA